AUGCUGGUACUGACUGUUCUACUGCAGAUAUUCCCAGCAGCCUCCGACAUUACUCACUAUUCUACAUCCGGAUGUGUUCUAUGGAAAAACAAUUACACCAACACUUUCAGAGAUGGGGAUUUCAUUCUUGGUGCUGUCCUUCACCUGCGUGAUUUCCAUUUGAGUCCUUCUGGAGAUCGAAAGGAUAUUUUCUGUAUGAGGUUUUCCUUACGAUAUUACCGCCAUCUUCUGGUCUUCAAGUUUGCUAUUGAAGAGAUUAAUAGAAGUUCAUGGAUUUUACCUAAUGUUACCCUGGGCUACCAGAUAUUUGAUUCUUGUGGAGCUGAACCUAAGGCUCUCUCUGGCGCACUGGAUAUAUUUUCCGGAAGAGACUAUAGAAUUCCAAACUAUGCAUGUUUGAAAAAUAUGAAACUGAUUGGUCUUUUGGGAGACUUGUCUUCUACAUCGAGCUACCCCAUAGCCCAGCUUGCAGGGCUUUUCAGGUACCCACAGGUUAGCUACGGAGCUACAGACCCUGUUUACAAUGACAGGAUCCAAUUUCCCUCAUUCUAUCGAACUGUUCCAAAUGAAUUAUCAGAAAUGAAUGGGAUUGUGCAGAUACUGAAGCACUUUGGUUGGAAGUGGGUGGGUCUCAUUGUAUCCAGCAGUGAGAGUGGGAAACAAGCUCUUGACAGAAUAAGGAAAGGUAUAGAAAGCUACGGUGGUUGUGUUGCCUUCUCUAUUUUCCUUUCAGAGGCACGUUUUUCAAGUUAUUUUUCAUUUUUAAUUGAAGCUAAAAGUAUCGUGAAUAAAAUAAAUCAAAAGGACGUUGAUGUGAUUGUUCUGUUUUUAACUCCAAUGCACGUUACAGUCUUCAAAAGGCUGUUUUCUUCUAGACAAAUCACAAGGAAAAUUUGGCUCUCAUCCUCCUUCUUCCCCACUGUCAUCCACGUUACUCACGGGUACAGUAGAACCACACUAAAUGGCACUUUGUCAUUAUCUGCUCAGGGAGGAGAGAUCCCUGGGUUUGAAACUUUCCUCUACAGAAUGACUCCCAUUAACUACCCCAAUGAUGAUACAGUAACAGAGAUAUGGGAAACAUUACACGAAUGCUCAUUUACUGGUUUCCUAAAGACUAAUACAAGUGUUCCAGUGCAGAAAUGUUCUGGCAAUGAAUCUCUGGAUGAUGAGGUUUUAUCACGGUUUGACUUCAGAGUUGGUUACCAAGUUUAUACUGCAGUCUAUGCAUUGGCUCAUUCCCUUCAUAAUCUGUUCUCUGCUCGGGCACCGGCCCAUCCCCAGGCACCAGCAGGGAGUCUAAAGCACAGAUUCAAGCCAUGGCAGUUAAAUGCAUUUAUUAACAAUGUGACUUAUAAAACUCCUUCUGGCGACAUCAUGUUCUUCAAAGCCAAUGGAGACCCUCCGGCUCAAUUUGACAUUGUUAAGUGGCUCUUCUUAAACAAUGGUUCUACUGUGAGCCGUAAAGUUGGACAUUUUGAUGAAUCAAAUGACAAGAAUCACUUUUACAUUAAUUCCAGUGCUGAUUUGUGGAGUCCAUACUUCACAGAGAUGCCUCGGUCCCUAUGCAGCGAGCCCUGUUCCCCAGGAUACAGGAAGUCUAAAAUAGAAGGGGAGCCCCCUUGUUGUUACGACUGUGUCCAGUGUGGAGAUGGGGAAAUGUCUAACACUACAGAUGCAGUGACCUGUGUAAAAUGCCCUGAAGACCAGAAGUCUAAUAGACAGAAGACUGACUGUGUCCCUAAAGCUCUAAAUUUCCUUUCUUAUAUGGAUACCCUGGGGGCCAGUUUAGCUUCCGCUGCUAUAAUUCUCUUCAUCACAACUUCUGUAGUUAUGGGAAUCUUUGUAAAAUAUUGGGAGACUCCUAUUGUGAGAGCCAAUAACCAAAAUCUCAGCUGUCUCCUCCUCAUCUCUCUCAUGUUGUGUUUCCUCUGCACUUUAUUAUUCAUUGGGCGCCCAACUCAGAUAUGUUGUCUCCUCCGACAAGUAACAUUUGGGAUUGUAUUUACUAUUUCUGUUUCUUCUGUGUUGGCUAAAACUCUCACAGUUAUUAUUGCCUUCAAUGCCACAAAGCCUGGGAGCAAGCUGAAGAAGUAUGUAGGAACCCAACUGGCCAUUGUAUUAGUUAUAAUAUGCUCUUUGGGUUCCACUGGAAUCUCCGCUGUGUGGAUGGCCUCUUAUCCACCAUUCCUGGAAGUUGAUAUGUUUUCUGAAAUGGACACAAUUAUUUUGCUGUGCAAUGAAGGAUCAGUCACUUUCUUCUUCUGUAUAAUUGGAUAUAUAGGAACCUUGGCCCUACUAAGUUUCAUUGCUGCAUUUCUAGCCAAGGAUUUCCCUGACCGAUUUAAUGAGGCUAAAAACAUCACUUUCAGUAUGUUGGGGUUCUGUAGCGUGUGGGGGGCAUUUGUCCCUGCAUACCUGAGCAGUAAGGGCAGUAGAAUGGUGGCAGUUGAGAUAUUUGCCAUCUUAUCCUCCAGUGCUGGGUUAUUGGGCUGUAUAUUUGCCCCCAAAUGCUACAUUAUUUUUCUAAGACCUGAGCUGAACAUAAGAGAGAUUGUUGCCAGAAAAGCUUAG